AUGUCCAGCCUGACAGGUUCGCAAACAUGUUCCGCAGCGAACAAGAGAGGCUUCGAUUCGUGGACAAUCACCCAGCUCCAAUCUGCACUCGCAAAUGAGAAAACCCCCGACCCCUGUUUCUUGAAUGUCAUGGCAGGGGCUCGUAUUCCCCCACAAACCGCCCUCGCAGAAGCGAAAGAAAUGCUCAGCCCAGGCACCGAUUCUACAUCCGUCACGCUUGCACAUACACUAUAUGCCAUAUCGUCUAAUCAAGCAUUCCAAGAUGAACUAGCCUCUGACAUAGCGGCGUCUGAAUGGCCCACAGAUAUGAGUUCCUUGGAAGCUAUUCCAAGUUUGGUGGCCUGUGUGAAGGAAGGGAUUAGAUGGACUGGCGCAGCAACAGCUAUGCUUCCAAGAGUUGUACCCAAAGGCGGGGCUCUCGUCGAAGGAGCGGAGCUUCCAGGUGGUACCAAAGUCUCCUCUUCGCCCGCUUGGUAUCUGCACCACGAAACUGCAUUCCCGGACCCAGAGCGCUACCGUCCUUCCAGAUGGCUUGAGCAGAGGAACGAGAGAAAUCCUCUGGACGAAUACUACAUCCCAUUUUCGAAAGGGCCGUCUACCUGCAUUGGAGUUCAUUUCGUGUACUUGGAGCUGUACCUGUCCGUCUCUCAAAUACUCAGGAAGUACCGCAUUAGGCCUAGGAGCGGGAACAAUCUCCUGGCGGAUCAUGAAGCCGUUCUGCCAUCGCGAGGAGAGUGGGCAACUGCAGCGCCACUUCAGAGAUUGGAAGUCACUCCGGAAGAAAGAUGGAGUUCAGAUGUAAAUUAA